CGGAGGCGGGUAGCGGCCAAGAUGGCGUCGGAGGGUGAUCUAGGGAGGAAAUGGGAUCGUUGUCUGGCUGACUCCGCCGUCAAGCUGGGAAAGACCUGGCCGCUCGCUUUCGGCUCAGGGAUGGGGCUCGGAAUGGCGUAUUCAAAUUGCCAACACGACUUCCAGGCUCCUUACCUUCUCCACGGGAGAUUCAUCAAGGAGCAGUGAUGGCGCCCGGACCUUUCUGUGGCAGAUCAACGGAGGGACCCCUCGGCCUCCUUCUCUGUGGGGAGACGGGCACCCUGGAGGCCCAUGGACUUUCCGGCUGCCCCUUUGGGGAGGGGGCAGCCGCCCACCGUCAUGCCUCCAAGCAGACCUUGAUUUUGUAUCUUCUUCUCGGGGAGCAGCAGGGAACGGCGCCCUUCUGGGGAAGGCAAUAAAACUGGCAAAGCAUU